AUGCUGGCAGAAUCUGAUUAUGAAGCGCCACAGAAUGGCGCGCCAGAGACUUUAAAGGAGACUUCUUCAGUGAAUUCUUCACAGCAGAGUCCUGUUCCUUAUCAGGAGACAGAUACGUUUUGUACGUGGCGUAAGCAUGUGCGCGAUUUGUAUCAGAAUCUUGUUCAUAUAGAUCUUGUGUGGGAAAGUCCAUCAGUUCGAUUAAUGCCUUACGUGACGGAAAAGAUGGGAUUAAAAACACAGACUGUUUUAUGUUGUGCUAGAACCGGCGGUCAGGAGCAACCAUACAUUCAAAUGCUUUCAGUUUCAACUCCACACACUGCAGAGACACUCGAUCGCACGUAUGAUACUUACUGUGAUGCGACUGGUGAAGUGGGUGGCUAUGGAAUGGCUCCAAGUCAAGUUGGGAUGAAAGUGGAACGACGUAUACUUCAUGAUGGGGAUCCAUUGACCGUACGAUAUAUGCAUACCAAUCCACUUGUGAUUGGAUCAGGCUCCAGCGAUGGUAAUGUUUAUAUCUUUGACUGGUCACGAAUUUCGUUAAAUAAGUUUCCUAAUGAUCCUGCCAGACCUCGUGCCCCAUUACCACCAAAUGAACUUAGCUCAAAUCCUACAGAUGAGGAACGUGUAAAUUAUCACAGACGAAUGCGAGCUUUGAAUGCUGUGGUGGCAGAACAAGAUCGAUGGGAUAAGAGAAGAGGAGAAGGACAACACUUACUCACCCUUUCGGGAGGAAAUGGAAGUUGUGAAACGCUUGACUGGAGUAUUACCCCUGAUGGAACUUUGAUGUCUGGAUCUAUUGGUCGUCUCUGCUACUGGCAUAUUGCUAAUACUUCUAAAGAUGAUGCACGUACUGUUAAUCCUUCUCAUACAUAUACUUUAGAAGAAAGUGAUGUUCGGGUGAGUGAUAUAUCAUUUUCUUGGACAGAACCGCAUAUGUUUGUAACAUCUACAGAGUCUGGGAGAGUAUUAUCUGGUGAUGUAAGAACACCAGAACUUGUUGAAUUAUUUUCAUUACCAGUUGGUGUUUCAUCCAUUGCUGUUUCUCCACUUGAUGGUACAUCCCUUUUAGUGGGUACAAGAGAUGGUGAAGUACUUUACUAUGAUCUCCGUAAAUCUUCGGAGCCAGUAAGUAUCAGUCGCCUACACGACAAGGCGGUAUCUGUGGUACAAUGGUGCCCACACUCUCGCCAUCUCUUUACAAGUGGAGGUGGUGAUGGGAAGUGUUGUGUGUUUAACUCUACAAUGAACCGGCUACUAUUUAAACAUGCCUGUCACACAGAUAAUGUGACAGACUUAUCAUGGAAUUGGCAGGAAGGAUUUGAGGGUCACUUGAUCUCUGUGGAUAUUAAUAGCAUCACGCUGUGGAGACCGAGAGACAUGUUCUUUGUUUCGUGA